AUUACGUACAUUGCAACGUGAAAUAAACUUUGCCUCAGCGACGUUCCUGUCAUCAAAACUCCACCUCAUCUCAGCCCAUUGUUCUUUUAUUUAUUUCAUUUUCCACUGGAUUAACAUGUUUAAAAGAAAGCUGCAAGCUCUAAAUAAUCCACAGUCUGAUUUUAAUGUUAAUGAUGAGAAUUGUUGGCGGAACCUAGUGGAAUGGCUAGAAGACCAGAAGAUCCGAUUUUACAAGAUUGAAGACAGGGCUGAUCUAAGAAACAAGAGCAGUACUCAAUGGCCUAAAGCAUUCGUCAAAUAUAUCCAAGACUUACAAUGUCCCUUAGAUGGCAGUGACAGACUGGCAGUGUGUGAUUGGAUACUGGGUCAUGCCAUCAGACUUGAGUUUGGAGAAAAAGCUCAAAUGUUCAAAGGAGAAGUAGCAGCACCUCAGAGCCCUUCAGGACCUGUAGCAGAGGACCCCUUUGCAAGUAUUGAUGUGUCUAGUCCAGACGUGAAGGCUGGCCUGGUCUCCCUUUGCUCACUACUCAAUAUUCCUAGACAUGUGGAUCCUAUCGUCACUUUGGAAGCAAUUGCUCUCCUUAUUAAAGACAGACUCUCUGAGGAUGCACAGGAGGGUGAAUUUGAAGAGGGGGUGGAGGUGGACCUCAGUGAAUAUGAAGCAGGAUUUGAUGCCAAAGAUCCAGUAUUGAACGAUGCGGGGAGGAUUUUACGGCUACUUCACAUCAACGAGUUACGAGACCUUCAAACCAAGAUCAAUGAAACUAUAGUUGCAGUCCAGACACUGACCGCCAAUCCAAAGACUGAUCAACGACUCGGGAAAGUGGGACGGUAACGUCCUCUCGGGCUCACAAAAUUAUUUAAUUCACAGUGACUUAUAGGAACAACAAUGUGGAAAGCACACUCUGUAUGGCUACUGGAUCAAUCAGUUUCAGUCUCCUGCGGUAUUUUAUUAUUUCUGAAGUUCUUGUAAAUUCAAGGUUUUUCUUAUAUACAGACAAUUUUCUUCUUAAAAAGAAAAGUGGCAUCAUGCUAUUGGCUGUUCAUUUAAAGAAAUGUUUAAAAGGGUAAUUCCAUUGAGAGUAAAGACGCUAUUACUUGUUUUAAGUUUGUGGCUUAGAUAUUGGGUAGUAAUAGUAUAAAACUGGUUUCACAUGUUGCUUAUUCGAGGAACAGCUUAUUCAGAAAUUAAUAGAGAAUUUGAAUUUGACCUCCCAAUUUAAAGAUUUGUUUCGUUUUAUGAAGAAAAAUUACUUUGGCUGUCUUUGUCUUAUCUUUGUAAAAAAAAAAAAAA